ACCAUGUUGCAGAACAGAAGCAGCCACUCAGGUGUGGAUACCACCUGCUCUGAGCCUGGCCUCUGCUACGACCAUCAGAGCCAACAAUGUGUACACUGUGGACCCAGAAGCAGGCGCUCUGGUACCGGCACCUCCUGCCAUCUCCCCAGCCUCUGCUAUGACCGCCUGGUUGACCAAUGUGUGAGCUGUGAAAAGAUGCAGAGAAAGACUGAGAAGGAGACAACAGCCCCCAUUAAACCCCAAGCCCCAACACCUCUUGCUGCAGACCCAGCUUGCUCAUCUUUACUCUUCGGAAUUUACAUUCUCAUGGGGCUAGUCUUGGCAGUAGCUGCAGUGCUGUGCAUUGUAAUCCUGAAACAAAAGAGGAAGAAGAGGAUGCGAGGAGCUGAAAAGGAGAAUUCUACAGACGUCCCUGAAGAUUUCAGAUGCUGCGAAGAGGGGAAUGCUAAAGAAAAUGAAAAGUGUGUCAUUGCCUUUGAAAAUGAACCUCACAGAGGCCGCAAUAGCAGUCCAGGAGAUGGCGAUCCUGAAAUACUGAUGUGCCCGCAUUCAAAUGAUGCUUUAAAGUCUUCCAGAGAUGACGCCUUAAAGAGAGAAGUGCAGCAUAUGGCUAUGGCAGGAAGUGAUGUCACGGAGGCAGCUUCCCUGACUUCCUGUGAUAAACAAUGCAACCCCACCUUUCCACUGCCGGCAACGGAACUCGGGGCAACUGAGUUGGUGACCACCAAGACUACUCAGGAGAGCGUCAUCUGGGACGAGGAGGAGUCGGAGUCAUAGCAACAAGUUUUAGAGGGCUGAGACUUGAAGACUCUCCCUCAAGCAUCAUAAAACUCCCUUUCAACUCAAAAGAGGAAUUGUGGAUGGACAGAUUUACAAAGGGCUUGCCUCAUUGUAAAUGGAAGAGAGCUUGUUAUUUCCCACAUUGUAGAGAUGUUGAAACAGUCUUUUAGCUGCCAGAAACUCCCAGCAAUUGCUUUAAGAAAAGGGAGACUACUGGACACUUUAUGCCAAGGGCAGGAGAUUUCAAGCCUGGCUCUUCUUAUUGGCCCUGCUCAGGGCCCCCUUAGAGGGCUUUUACCUGUCUGGAAUGUGCCCCUGAACUGUGACAAUUCCUCUUGCUUGCCUGGAUGUAGGUGUGCAUGUGUGUGAGAGAGUGUGAACUGCUGUUUUUGGGCAGAGCUGGAAUGCAGCCUGCUGUACAAAGGGGAGUCACUUCCCCUGCACCACCCACCUAUGUCUCUAGCCAUUCCCACUACUGCCACCCCCACUGCUACCCCACCCCACCCCAACAACGAAAUGUGGUCCUUGGGUUGAAAAGCGUUUUCCCACCCUGCCAAGGCAUCCCCCCUCUGUAAUGUUUUCAAUUGGAGAAGCUCUGGAAAAUGUGUAUCUCAUGGAAUAAAAUGAUUGCUUUAAGAUCACAUUUACCUUAAUCUUAAUUUCCACACCCUGAAACUCCCCUGGCAAUAUGAGUGGCAAUGAAAAAUGAUGACUGCAAGUAGACAGAAAUACCCAGUGGAAGUUUAAGUGAGCUAUUUGAACCACUAAGGAGGAUAUUUUUAAUGUUUAAAAUUAUUUUUAUUCCACAGUGUUAUAUAAUUCUUUUUGAAAACAGCUUUGAUUGUGUGUGUGUGUUUUUUACAAGCAAGCAGUGUAUAAAAUUUAUGAAAUAAGAUAAAAUAAACAUUGGCAAUAUAAGAUGUAAGACUGCAUAUUUACUUUAGAUAUAAUACAAAAUAAUUUGAAUGUGGCAUACGUACACUCAAUGGCUGGUGGUCCUUAUUCUGCAAUAUUCUUGUUGUCCUUCAACAUUUGAUAGCUUAAUGAAGCUGGA